CUAGGGUUUGGUUGGCUUUUUCUUGGGAAAGUCAUUGUGGCUUCCUGAAGCUGUCACACUGAGAUGUGGCUCACUUCUACUAGAUUUCAUCAGCCUUGGCAUUCAAUUUUUGCAUACUGUACAUUGAUUUGCUUGUGGUGUAGAUGAAGAACUGAUAUUUUAUAAUGUUGACAUUGCAAAAUAUCCCAGCAUAGGCGACCAGGGAUACCAUCCCUGCUUACACCUUCUUUUUACAUAGCUAGAACUCCUUGCUUUAUGGGAUUAUUACCUAUAAUUAUUUCCAGUUGUUAAUCUUUCUAACCAAAAGUAUACAUUACAGAUAAAUAUAUUAUAUAUUUACAGAUUGAUAAUUGUAGCAAAGAUUGCAACAAUUCCGAAUAUGAAGAGAAUCACAAGCUCAAGAAAACUGUGACCCAAGACCCAAAUGAAACGUGCAUGAACACUGACGGAGGAGGCAUUGUUCCUGACAACGGCACUCCUGCACACGUCAUAAAGAAGCAAAAAUGUGCCGUUUGUCUCACCUGCAUUGGAUUGUUACAGUGGGGUUGCUCGGCUGAUGCUGUCAAGCUGCUGAAUGACUCUGUAUCACAAGCAGGACAUGAUGCAGAAUGCUUCACUCUAGCACUGUCCUUUCCAGUCAGUCUGAGUCUGCGAGUUCAUUGGGUCUGGGCACUUCUGCUGCAGGCUUAUCCACACUUCCCGACAAAA